CUGUGAUUCUCAAGUCCAAAUACAUUGGCUCCGUUGUCCUAGAUAGUGAAAACUGGCUGUUAUAAAAAUCUUUACAGAUUGCCCAAUCGCUGUAGGGCCUCAGUCCUCCACAGAUCUUCACCAGCUGAUACCACUGAUCUGCCUGGUAGAGCUCUCUGUUAGCCAACUGUGGGAAAGAGGAGCAGCUAUUGACUGCUCUCAAAACAAGCAGAAUAAUGGCGCAAUCCACGCUGGAUUUAGAAAUAGAAGACUCUGUGAAAAGAAGCACUCUUAAGAGAUAUCAGAUACUCUCGGGGGUUCUUUGUGUUUUGUUGGUGGUUGUAUCACUUGGUCUAGGCCUGGGACUUGGAUUAAGGCGACAAGAGCAAGGGAGUUGUAGAAACAAAUGCUACGUGCAAUCCUACAGAGGACUGGAGGGCUGCCAGUGUGAUAGUGGCUGUAAAGAACGGAAGAACUGCUGCUGGGAUUUUGAAGAAACUUGUGUGGCAUCAACUCAGAUAUGGACAUGCAACAUAUUUCGUUGUGGAGAGACUCGGCUACCUGAUAGCUAUUGUUCUUGCUCUGACGACUGCUUGCAGAAAAAAGACUGUUGUGUUGAUUAUCACAGCGUUUGUAAAGGUGAAAGCAGCUGGGUGGAUGAAGCAUGUAGUGCUUCUCAGGAGCCUCAGUGUCCAGAGGGGUUUAGUUUGCCACCUGUGAUUUUGUUUUCCAUGGAUGGUUUCAGAUCUGAGUAUUUAGAUACAUGGGAUGUACUGAUGCCCAAUAUCAACAAACUGAGAACAUGUGGAAUAUAUUCGAAGUACAUGAGAGCAGUUUAUCCAACCAAAACCUUUCCAAAUCAUUACACCAUUGUCACAGGUUUAUAUCCAGAAUCCCAUGGCAUCAUUGACAAUAAUAUAUAUGAUGUACAUCUUGAUAAGAACUUUUCAAUUUCUUCACAAGAGAAAUUCAAUCCAGUAUGGUGGAAUGGACAACCUAUCUGGCUGACAGCUAUGUAUCAAGGUUUGAAGGCUGGAGCCUGCUUUUGGCCUGGCUCCGAUGUAGCUAUUAAUGGCACAUAUCCAUCCACUUACUUGAUGUAUGAUGGUUCUGUUCCGUACGAAAAGAGAAUUUCUACGCUGUUGAAUUGGCUUGACCUACCCAAAUCUGAAAGACCAGAUUUUUAUACACUAUAUGUAGAAGAGCCAGAUUCUGCUGGACACUCAAGUGGACCAGUUAGUGGUGAUGUAAUUAUGGCCUUAGAGAAAGUAGAUAAGGCCUUUGGAAUGUUGAUGGAGGGGCUAAAACAAAGGAACCUACACAACUGCGUCAAUAUCAUUCUUCUGACUGAUCAUGGAAUGGAACAGACAUAUUGUGAUAAGAUGGAAUAUAUGACUGAUUACUUUUCAGAAGUAAACUUUUAUAUAUAUCAAGGACCUGCCCCUCGCAUUCGGUCUCGCAAUAUCCCAGUGGACUAUUUUACUUUUGAUUCUCAAGGAAUUGUUGGAAACCUCAGUUGUCGAAAAGCAGAUCAGCAUUUUAAGCCCUAUCUGUCUCCUGACUUGCCCAAACGACUACAUUAUGCUAAAAAUGACAGAAUUGACAAAGCUCAGCUCCUUGUAGACCGGCAGUGGAUGGCAGCAAGAAGUAAAGAUUAUAAUUGUGGAGGUGGUACCCAUGGUUAUGACAAUGAAUUUAAAAGUAUGGAGGCCAUCUUUUUGGCACAUGGACCAGGGUUUAAUGAGAAAAUUGAAGUGGAACCUUUUGAAAAUAUUGAGCUCUACAACCUAAUGUGUGAUCUCUUACGCAUUCAACCAGCACCAAACAAUGGAACUCAUGGAAGUCUGAACCAUCUUUUGAAGGUGCCUUUCUAUGUUCCAACCCAUCCCCAAGAAGUGUCCACUCUUUCUUCUUGCCCCUUUGCUAAUCCAGAGCCAACAAGUGAUUUAAGCUGUUCAUGUGCUGCACUAGAUCGGAAUGCUGAGAUAGAGAUGAAUCAAAAUCUAAAUCUCAAUGAAGAAGAAGAAACGGAAACAGUGAAAGAAAAUUUACCUUAUGGGAGGCCCAGGAUUACACAAGGAAGCAAAGAAUACUGUCUCCUUCACCAGAAAGACUACGUGAGUGGAUUUAGUCAAGAAAUCCAUAUGCCGCUGUGGAGCUCGUAUACCAUCUCUAAACCUGGAGACACAUCGCCUCUUCCUCCCACUGUUCCAGACUGUCUGCGGGCUGAUGUUAGGAUUUCUCCUUCUCAGAGCCAAAAUUGUUCCAUCUAUUCAGCCGAAAAGAAUAUCACCCACGGCUUCCUCUACCCUCCUAUGUUCAACAAGACAGCCAACGGACAAUAUGAUGCUUUACUUACAAGCAAUUUGAUUCCAACUUAUGAAGCAUUUAAACAAAUGUGGGACUACUUCCAUCGUGUUCUGCUUGUGAAAUAUGCUACCGAAAGAAAUGGAGUGAACGUGAUUAGUGGACCGGUGUUUGACUACAACUAUGAUGGACAUUCCGAUGAGCCCCAUGAAAUUACAGAGUUUGUAAACAAUACUGACAUUCCCAUCCCAACUCACUACUUCGUGGUGCUAACUAGCUGCAAAGACCAGACUUAUACUCCGCUGAACUGCCCUGGGUCCUUGGACGUCUUGCCUUUUAUCAUUCCUCAUCGACCCACCAACGUAGAAAGCUGUGCGACAAAUAGAUCAGAGGAUCUUUGGGUCGAAGAAAGAUUUCAGGCUCAUACUGUUCGAGUGCGUGAUGUGGAACUUCUCACAGGACUUGACUUUUACCAAGAAAGAGACCAGCCUGUCUCUGAGAUCUUGCAGCUAAAAACAUUCCUGCCCAUUUUUGAGACUUUUAAUAAUGGACUAUAGAAACAUGAGUUCAGAGAAUACGGGUAAUCAGCUUUUCCUCUGCUAUCGGUUUAAACCAGAGUUACCAAACUUAUGUGGUCUACUACUCCCUUUAAAAUUUUUUUUUUUACCCAGAAUCUCUAAACCAUCCCACCCUGCCCCUUGCCCCACAGAAAUCUACUUUAACCUUUUAACUUUUUUUUUUAAAUUGCAUCAUUUCAAAACAAUAUAAAAUACAUUUUUAAAAAAAUGAUGCAUCUUAAAUUUAAUAAUUCAUUGUAAAUUUGUGGGUUUUUUCCUAUGCUGAAAUUUGGAUGAUGCAAUAUUGCAUCAUGUAACUGUCAUUCCAAUUAUGAAUUAUGAAAAGAAAAUCUAGGACUGAUUUGGGAAUUGGAAUUGAAUUCUCUAUUGAAUUGUAUUGUAAACAAGUCAUUACAUGUGCAUGUUCCUGCUGAUACAUGCUAGGCUUCCCGACAACGGGCAACAGGCUUGCCUGCCAACAUUUGCUUGUUAAGACCAAUUGAUUAUAACUUUAAUUUUGUGUGUUUAUUUGGAAAAUAGUGUAAUCACUAUGACUUUAACUCUGUCACACAACAGAAAUGUACAAACGGGUUUGCAAAAUUUUCUUCUCUUCUUUCCUUAUGCUUCCACCACCCCUUUAUUUUUAUUCAAUGCCCCCCAAUUGCAUCUGAGGCUACUACUGUCCCCUUGGAUCAUUCCAGUGCCCAUUCCAGGGCGGUAUUGCCCAUUUCGGAAACGUGUGGUUUAUACAAUGAAGAUGGUUAUUAUUUCUUCUUUAGCCUUAAAGCUACACUGAGUUAUCUUUUCCUCUAUCUUAUGCUUUUAAUGUCUUUCCAUGGGCCUCUCAGCUGGUGUUUCACCAGAGCACUCCAGGGAAAAGAGAAGAAACAACUCUUACUUUGGAAUCAAAUCUGUACUGCUUGAGUUUCACUGUAAAAUAAACAAAUAGGAUACUUUGCUCAGAAUACAAGGACACAAACUGUGUAGUUUCUUCCCUAAUAGCCAAUCAUAUUUUGUGAGCUGCUUACAUGGUCUGGCAGCAUUUCACUCACCUGAAGGCUUGGUGAAACUCAGUUGACAGAACUUUGUAUAUUGAAAGAAUUUUUACUAUGCUUUUUGCUAAUAUUUCAAUCAAGUCAUGGUUAUUAAAACCAACUAAUUGCUUCAGAAAACAUCUUCUAUUCUAACUAAUUAGGUUUUAAGCAUUGCAGGAACAUUAGUUUUUUAAAAAGGAAUAAUAAUGCUAAUGUUUGUAUAGCCCUUUAAGAUUUACAUUACUUAAUUUUAUCUUCCCAAUAGCUAUUAGGUAGCUAUUACUAUUAUUCCCAUUUUCAAGAUAAAGAAAAAGGAGGGAUUUGAACCCAGGUCCUCCUGACUCAAGUUCAUAUCUCUAUCUACUAUGUUAAACUGCUUACCAAAUAGAAAUGGAAAUGUAGAAAGGAAUGAAGCAUCUUUUUUUUUUCUUGUAUGGUUUCAACUUCAAGAAACAGAAGAGAUAGGAACCAUGGAUUUUCUUCCAAAAAUUGUUGGGUAACUUCUUCCAUGUUUCAGUCCUUCUGUCUUUUUGGGUUUACAUAAAAUAUUGCUGAUGAAAUAGACUAUGUAAGCAGAAACUAUUGGGAAGUUUCCAACUUUGUUUACAAAGAGCCUGAAUUCAUUAGAAGUGGAGAUUUUGAGUGUGGCUUUGGUGGGGUUGGGGAGGAGGAGUGAAUUUGUUUUACUUUAAAAUAGAUUUAAAAAUUUUUUAAAAGAUGUUCCUUCCAACUGUUUUAGAAAAAUGCUUGUAUUGUAAAGAUGGGGAAUGAUUCUUCCCACGUAAUGCAUUUUAAUUUUACAGAUCAAGAAGAGAAAGAAAUAACUACCUGAUAAUUUAAGCAAUGAUUUGAAUUUAUAUAAAUCAUUUUCCUGGUUCUGAUUGACUAAAAAACAUGGAAUAUUGUUGGAUGUAUAUUUUAAUAAUUCAACACUUGAUUCCUCACAUAGCUUUGGUUUCUAACUUUAUGAUGUUUGCAGAUGUGUUGUCUCAGGUAAUGAAUUUGUUCUUUUUAUUCUGUUUACACGGAAAUAUUGCAAUGAACAGCUGUUUGUAGAGUUAUUUUUCCCCAAAUAAAUAGUUGUUUCAAUAAAAUAUGACUUAUUUCUGAAUAGAA